UUUGGCUGAGCAGGCUAGCUAAACUAAUAUCCCGACACCAAAACCCAAGCGGAGCGGGGUUCAGGGAUUCACUCUGGCUUUGCUUUGGUUUCACUCGUUUGCUGAACGUUUUUAUUUGUAUUUGCGUCCCUGCGGGUGUCUCCGGGGUUUAGGAAAUCUCUUCGCUACCUUACAGAUGUGGAUACAGUAGCUACUCUAGGUUUAACUCCUCAUCUUCAUUCUAAUCAUCAUCAUCAUCAUCCCCAUCAUCACCAGGUUUUUUCUCGAGUGGGUUUGGAUUACCGUGGAGACGCGGCGCGGAUGAUUUACAGCCUGAGCAGAGCGUGAUCUGAAGGCUCUGCCGGGAGGCCUCGCUCUUUCCUUCCUUUGUUCGCCGGUGGGGGAAGAGCUGCAAGCUCAGCUGCUUCAGACAGGUGGGACGGGCACAGCGAGCGAGACGACGACGACAGGCGCCUAGUUGCCAUUUGUGGUCCUGCAGACUCCUCGGGACAGGCGCGACCUUCACGAGCUCCACCCUGCCCCCACCACAAGCCAGCCAAUCACAGCAGCCAUGGGGAGGAAAAAGAUCCAGAUUCAACGAAUCACAGACGAACGGAACAGACAGGUGACAUUCACCAAGAGGAAGUUCGGCCUGAUGAAAAAGGCCUACGAGCUGAGUGUGUUGUGUGACUGUGAGAUUGCCCUCAUCAUCUUCAACCACUCCAACAAGCUCUUUCAGUACGCCAGCACCGACAUGGACAAAGUGCUGCUGAAGUACACGGAAUACAACGAGCCUCAUGAAAGCAGGACCAACGCGGACAUCAUCGAGACGUUGCGAAAGAAAGGCUUUAACGGUUGCAACAGCCCCGAACCGGACGGCGACGACUCAAUCGACCAGAGCCCCCUACAGGACGACAAGUUCCGAAAGAGCGAAGAACUGGACAUCCUCUUCAAACGCUACGGCUCCGCAGUGCCAGCGCCUACCUUCUCCAUGCCAGUCACAGUGCCCGUGUCCAGUCAGAGCCCUCUGCCCUUCAGCAAUCACAGCAGCCUUGUUACAGCCUCCUUUGUCACCUCCACGCUCACAGACCCGCGCCUGCUGUCACCUCAGCAACCACAGCUCCAGAGGAACACCGUGUCCCCCGGCCUGCCACAGAGACCAGCCAGCGCAGGUGCCCUUCUGGGAGGUGACCUGAACAACUCAAACGGUGCAUGUCCCAGUCCAGUGGCGAACGGUUACAUCAGUGCCAGGGCCUCCCCAGGUCUCCUGUCCGUCUCAAACGGCAAUAUCAUGGGAAAAGUCGUCCCGGCCAAAUCGCCUCCUCCGUCCAGCCCUCAGAUGGUGAACAGUCGUAAGCCGGACCUGCGCGUCAUCACCUCGCAAAGCAAGAGCCUCAUGCAGCUGACGGAUGAGGAGCUGGAGUUGGUGACCGAGAAUGCUCAGCGGUUAGGAGCCUCCCAGGUGACCCAACCUCUCACUACUCCAGUAGUUUCCGUGGCAACGCCCAGCCUUCUGACCCCAUUCUCUAUGCCAACUGCCUACAACACAGAGUACCAGCUGACGAGCGCAGAUCUCACAGCCCUCCAGGCUUUCACACCGCAGGGUGCACUGUUGCAGAGCAACGUGACCACUUGGCAACAGCAGCAGCAGCCGCAGCAGCACCCAUCCAUAUCUCAGCAACAACAGCAGCAACCACAACAGAUCAGCCUGGCCUCCCUCAGUAACCUUGUCAUGUGGGGUGCAGACAAACAGAACGGGGAGAUGGCUAACUGCAUCUCCAAUCUGGCCGCUAAUGUCAGUGUGACCUCUCAGGCCAGCUUACUCUUGGGCAGGGAAGAUGGGCUCAGCUGGCCGGUGGGUCCCAUCCCUCACGGUGCCACUCUGACGGUGAACACUAACCAAGGCAUGAGCAUCAAGACUGAGCCGGUGUCUCCCAAUCACGAGCGCUCCACUCCCAGCUCCACGGCGACCCUCUGCGCAUCUCAGUACCCCGGAGCCCUGCGGAUGGAGACCUCCAGCCGCUCGCCGCUGCACACCAUCAGCAGCAGCGAGCGGGAAGACGCGUCCCAGACGCGGCCCCCGGAUUUCAGCGUGGCCGCCCUGGGGCCCAUCAGAUCGCUGGGAGACCAGGCGGCCUCUGCCGAGUCACAGGAGGGAGCCAACGUGAAACGCAUGAGACUGGAUACCUGGGUCACAUAAAAAACCAGAGCUAGCCUCUGUCUCUCACACACACACACACACACACACACACACACACAAACACACAUUUCACCUCCCUGAUAUACACACGCUUUCAGCUGCACUCGAGACACAUGCAUGCUACACACUUUCUUCGUCUCUUUCUCUGUCAGACGCAGCGAUUACGGGCUGCACACACUCACACACACACAAUCGUACAUAUAGACACAUGGUGCCAAUUCAGGUGCACGUGUUGACCUACGAUGGACGGAAGCUGGACGGUUCUGGUGAGACGAGUGGGACGUUUAACUCCUCAGAACUGAAAGAGAAAUGCAGCUUUACUGUCCUCACCCCAACUCUCCACAACGACCUGCUUUAUCUGAACCGCUCCAACAGCCAAACCCAAACUCUUCAUGUAUAUUACUCAUCACAGUCACGUCAUGUAUAGCACAAACUGACCUCCAGGUCAUGCUGUGGUUGUUUGAGGGUUUUCUUUUCCCUUUUUGUUGUGUGUGGCGGGUUGCGUUUGCUCUUUAUAUUUCUGACGUCUGUUCUCUCAGCUCAGACUUUUUAUAUCAUGCUCAAACAACUAUAGCAUUACAUUCAAUCCCAGUGAGCACUGAGCGUUCAGUAUAGCCUAGAUGUUUCACUGUAUCAUCAGUAAUCCAGUGCAGUAUUCCGGUCCGUUAUCUUAAUUAAAUACUGCUGCUUUAAGGAAACAAAAACAUGUAUACUAAAAACUAUAAACUACCAAGAAAAUAAGUCCAGCUAAGGAAAAAUUCCACAGGUUCUCUUAAAUUGCAUAUUACAUUUCAUAAACUUUUUAAACUUUUAAAUGUUCAGGUACUGAGAUGAGACAACAAUUAAACCUGCGUCAUAUCACAUUUUUGGUCAAAUUGGAAAACGUAGGCCGCUCAGGUGGCACAGCAGUAAAAACACACGCUGGAACACCGGAGCCGGGAUCUCGAAUACAUCGUAUCGAGUCUUAGAUCUGCCUGCCGCCUGGGCUGAGCAACCACAUGAACAACGAUUGGCCUGUUGUUCAUAUAGGGGUGGGAUAUUAAGCCGGAUAGGGACUCUCUCAUGACCACUCAUGCAACUCAUGCAACAACGACCUCUGCUGGCUGAUUGAUGGCGCCUGCACAGAGACGAGGAAAGAGUGCGUUCGUUGAUCAGGGUGUGUCUCUCCGUACACAGUGCUGAUCCGCACUGCACUCGUCAAAGUGUAGGUGACGAGAUGCAUACGGCUGCCGCCCACGUGUCUGAGGGGGUGUGGGUUAGCUUCAUUCUCCUCAGUUAGAGGGGGUGUCGGCAUUAGUGGAGAGGAAGCAAAGGGAGAAAAUGCAUUAACAAUAUAUACAGUAUAUAUGUAUAUAAAAGAAAUUGGAAAACGUAGAGUAAAUAAUACUCUAAACACAAUUCAAUCACAAUAUUAACCUUAAAAGUUUAAAAUAUAUUAAACUUGACACCACAGUUCUUAAAAAAUAGGGUAUGUGUAUUGGAUUGUACACAAGUUGCUUGCAGACGGUUGGCAGCCAAUAUCUGAUUUGUCUCAGCCAAUACGGAAAGCUUUGAUUUUGGAAAUUGGAUUGUAAACGAAAGAUGGGAAGUGAAAUUAGAUGGGAACCCCCUGCCUAAAAUACGAAGCCAAAUUCAGGGCUAUUGGCUGGCAUUGAUUGCUGCUUAUCCAAAUUAGGGUCACGGGGGUGCUGGAGCCUAUCUCAGCUUUUCAAUGGGUGCAAGGCUGGACGGGACGCCAGUCCAUCACACACACAUUCACCUAUAGGACAAUUCAGUGUCUCCAAUUAACCUGACUGCCUGUUUUUGGAUUGUGGGAGGAAACCGGAGCUCCCGGAGGAAACCCACGCAGACACGGGGAGAACAUGCAAACUCCUCACAGAAAGGACCUGCUGCUUAUUUCUGCAAAUAUUCUGGUGAUUAUCUGUUGAGGUCCUUUAAAAUUGGCACCAUAUCUGUGGGAAAGAGGCAGCAUAUGUGAACAUACUCACGUUGUGAGCGAUUACAGAACCUGUGUUGGAUUUGUUCCAUUUCUGGACUCGUACGUCGUGGCUUUACUCGCACGUCAUUACGAAUUAAAUCUUGAAGCUCUAUUUAACUACUGAUCGAUUGUACAGCCGUUUGCAACCAUCAGAUUCAUCUGCAUGAUGAAACACAAGAUGUUUACGCAUCCUCUGUAAGCCAACGUCACACUCGAUGAUGUUCAUGUCUCGUAUGUCUUUGGAAAUGCUGACGUAUUGGAAAGGAAAUUUAGUGAAUGCAUCAUUUUUAUCGCCUUUAGACGUGCUCACUGGGAUUAAUCCACACUUUAAAUGCUCCGAUCAUGUUGGGUCAGGAUGUCUGCCAUGUCGAUCACGCAGGAGUUUUAGAACGAGGUUAGGCGUCAUGUACAGUUCACUUAAUUAUGGUUGAAAUUCAUAACAAGCCGUGUGUGUAUUUCAGGGAAGGACUGAGAACUCGGGAGUGAAUUCGAAACAACAGCUGGAGGCAAACUUAAAUCGAAAAAUAAUAAUAAUAACAACAAUGAUGUGUGUGUGUGAGAGAGAGAGCAGUGACAGCUGAACAACCAAGUGCUCCCUUCAGUCGCGGUUUUAAAGGUGGUUUCCUUGUGUCAGAUCCCACAACAGUGCACCUUUACGUGGAGAGCCGACAGGUGACUGGACUGGACUGGACUGGACUGGACUGGACUUAUCGCUUUCUUCACUUUUGUACACACGAGUACGUAUGUUUGUACCGUACGUAUGGUGUAGUCAGGUGGAAAUGUAGCCCUAUUUGUACUAUUUGAAAUGGAGUCUAAAUAUUCUAUACAAGUGCGUACGCGCGUUUUCUCGGCUGAACGCUCCGUCUUUAAGAGUGCUUUGGCUGUAUUGGUGUCACUACCGCUGGUUCCUGUCAGAAGAAACCUAGCGUCCUGUAUUUAUUACCUGUUUGUCUGGCUUUGCAGUUCAGAUGUUUGUAGUUCAACAUACGAAGCGAGUUUCUUUGUUUUUCUUUUCUGAAAUUGUUGUUUUAAAUAGCCAGAAGAGUUCUGAAGCAAUCUGAGCCACCGGCGGCUCAGGGUUUAGGUUUCUAGGCCUUUAGAGCGUGUAAAUAUCCAAUCCUCGUUUUCUCCUAUCCUCGAUUCUGCGGAGGCUCUCAUGUAACGAGCGCAAAAGGGUCGGAGGACGUUCAGCGGGGACAGCUUCGGAGCCGAGUGUAGCAUUGCCGUGUCGGGUGAAGCCGAGGAGAAGCCUGGUGAGGCGGACUGUACCUAGUGAUGGGUGUAUAAUCACACACCUUGUGCUGGAUCUGCCUGAAGCAGAGCUGUAACUCUCAGUGGAGAUGUAUUUCUAUUUCUACGUGUAAAUAAAGCACCGUGUCGCAAGUGGGCCUAGUAGGGAUGCAGCAGGGGGGCGCCGACAUGGAUUACGACUGUUUUCAGGAGCGAUUCUUUAUUUCUGUAAUUAUUCUGAUGGAGUGCACUUUAAAUCAACCCCUACCGUCCCAACACUCACCCUUUACCCUUUAUGCUAGUCAGGCGUUUUACCUACGAGGAGAUUUUCCAUCGUUUCUUCUUUUAUGCACACACGCCAGAGAGGACGUCUCUACAGAACACGCCUCAUUACCCGUCUCAUCUCCUUUCUUCAGUAGUCGUGCUGCCAUCGCUAACAUCUCUUCCCGCCUGACCACAGCGCUUUUAGCAGUACUGUCCAUGCCGGUCUGCCUCACGUAUCACGUAUCCAUCAUGAAGUUACACUCCAUCUCUCCUCUCAGAAACGUGUGCCGAACAGGAUGGAAGAUCACGCUCGUCUGGAUGAUCAUGGCCCAGAUUUUACGCCUCAUUUUUGACAUAUAAGAUAAAUUAUCCAACACAUCUGUCACGUUUUUUAAAAAAAAGAAAGGAAAAAAAUGAAAGAAAAAAAACAAACUUAAUAAUAAUAAUAAUAGAUACUAGAUUAGACUUGACACGUGUGCAAUUCUCAAAAUGCAAAAAAAUAGAUCUAUAAAACUGAUAAUGUACACAAAUUGUUUUAUGGUCGAUAGAGCCGUGUGUAAAUGAAUAGAAUGAAGGAUGUACUUUAUGAUAAUGAAGAAUAGGGCAUGUUUAGGAACCCAGUAGACACUGUUCGAAGUCUGUGAACAGUUCUUUAUAUGUGUAUUGAUAUUUAAAGUCAAUAUCAGCCAUUUACCUCAAAGCUCUAUAUUCACGAUGUUUAGAUAUCAGAUUAGGAGAGGUAAUAUUGGUGAGAAUAGUGCCGUCUUGCUUCGUCGAAGGUGUUUCCCGUCUCUAGGCUCAAGUAAAACCUCUGAGAGGCUGGUAAAUUUGGCUAAAUACUCCAUCAUAUCUGCUCAGGUGAGAUCUGCCUUGCAUCAGCCCUUUUGUCUUGGCAGCUAAUUCCUUUACCUCACACCCUUCCAUCCUCUAGCAUCUCGCGUCCCUUCUCUUCCCGUCCUGCUGGGUUUGGUUUGCAGAAGAUGUUUCGAACGCAAGUGUCAUUGUUAUCUUGCAUAGUUCAUAUCUGCUAGCUGAGCUCACACACACACACACACACACACACACAAGCAUGUGAAUACAACAUAUAGAGUUACCCAGUUCCGCCUGGGGUCUGCACUUUGGAACAGAUGUAGACUUAUAUUCUGAGCUUUGAACAAAAUGUAGUGUGAGAUGUUCUCAAGCUCUGACACUCAAGAUCUUUUGCUAGUAGGAGUCGGCGUAAUCAAAAGGAAAGACAAUCGUCAUGUGAAUAGUUCUCUUUCACCCCCAUGUCCCUCAUGUAUGAUGUUUAGAGAAGCUCAAUUUUUCUAGUGUUAAUUUGUGCUGGUGACAGUUCGUUUGUUUUCAUUAGAAUUGUUCAGAUGGUUAUUGUUACCAUUAUUGUUAUCAUCUCUGAUGGUAAUGACAAUGAUACUUUUGAGAUUUUUAUUUUCUGCCUUUUUUGUGUAGCCUAGGCGUUCUAUUUUAUUGAAUUUGACUUUAUUUUAUUAUAUAUGAAAUACUAUAUAAAUAUCGUUUUGUUUUUGAUCUUUUGUUUUUCUGUUUUCUGAAAAGGGGUGUUAUUAAUAUUGCACGAUUUAUUAGGUAAAAUAAAAACGACAGUAGUGAUUUUAGUACUUUCUUUGGUGGGCGAGGGAGGUGAUCAAGAAGGUGAUGGAAUGACCAGUCAAAUGCUGCAAUUUUUUUAGUCAACUGUACAAACCUCUCUCUAUACGCGGAGGAGAGUGGUGUGUGGGGGGGGAGGGGGCCUUUAAUUUAAUUUAUUCAGAUCAGAAACAGAUGUCGAUGCAUGGGUGUAAAGCAAAGCGAAGAAUGAGUCGUCAUUAUUGAAAUGUAAUUUCAUUAAGAGUAUACACACACAACACACAACUAGAAUAGAAAUGGAAGAAAAAAAAAGUUUAAAGAAAAAUAGCUAAUAUAUUGUGUUCUGCUAGUAUGCUUUGAGUUUUGUUGUAAACAAAAAUAUUUUCUGUUGUUUUCGGAGAAUGAUAUACAAUUUGUGUAUAUUUUCAUAAACAAAGUAUGCACUGAUAUGUUAUUACAAAUUAUAUACUGCUUUUACAAAAAAAAGUGUUUGUUAUUGUACCAAAGUAUCCAUUUGUCCUUUAUGACCCCUGCCCCCUUUUUGCGUAUGUUUUACCGUAUUUUAUAUAUUAAAUAGACAAGUUGACCUAUAAAGAAGUGCUGGUCUGA